GGGACGGAAAAUCCCAUGCUAUUUUUUGGGAAGAUAAUUACAAAGACCUAAGUUGCGUCAUCUGUUACCAAGACUUUCCAGAAAUUACUGGACCACAUUCAAGCAAAUAUAUUCCUCUGCAGAAAUGGAUUAAACAGGAAAGGAUAGGAGCAUCCUACGAGACGUACAAACGAUACGACACGGCUUAUUUUAAGGUCUCCAAAUUCCGAAGAAGAUCGAUUAUAUACGAUAUUAUCGUUCGAUGUCGAUUUAACAAUUAUCCUCAAAAUUGGGACGUCACAAUAUAUCAUUUCGAGUGUUACCUCAAGGGUAUAGAACCAGAGUAUAAACCAAGAGAAUAUUUACCAGACUUAAAUCGCCGCGAAUUGUUAGAAAUCUACGAAGGGUUAAGAAGGGAAUUGCUGAAUAGUCAUGCACAAUUGCCACCGAUUACUCAUAUCACCCCUUGGCCAUAUUCCUCGUUGAAUAUACAACUAGAAACGGACGAGACGUAUACUCCUCUCGCUGGGAAAGGAGGAGGAAAUCCUCAACAUACUUU